AUGGCGUCACUUCUGAGUGAGGUCAUUGCGCACCAGAAGAUCCACGAACCCAGGCUGGAGACCCAGGAGAUCGUGGAACCCAAACCUGUCUCCAUAGAGGAUAUCCAGGAUGUGAGGGCGGGCCAUAAGACGGAAGGGAUGGAAAAAUACGCCAAGGAUGUUCCCGAACAUCGCUGCUUUUCCAUCAUCUUCAAAGACCAGAGGAAGAACCUGGACCUCAUAGCCAGCUCUGAGGUGGACGCGAACCACUGGGUUUCGGGCCUAGGGAAGAUCAUCGCGAAGACCAAUUCCAUGAGCCAGAGACAAAAGCUCCAACACUGGAUUCACGCGUGUUUGCGGAAAGCGGACAAGAACAAAGAUAACAAGAUGACCCUUAAAGAGCUCAAGAACUUCCUGAAAGAAGUCAACAUCCAAGUGGACGACAACUAUGCCCGGCAGAUCUUUGAGCAGUGUGACACAUCCCAAACGGACACCUUGGAGGACGACGAGAUCGAAGUCUUCUACAAGCUACUGACCGAGCGACAGGAGAUCGGCAGGCUCUUCUCGCGGUAUUCUGACGCCGAACAGGUCAUGUCUGUGGACAACCUGGUGAGAUUCCUCCGAGAAGAACAGCGGGAGGAGGACGCCGGACCCGAGAUGGCUCGGUCUCUGAUUGAGAGAUACGAACCCAACGAAACUAUCAAAAGGGAGCAGGCCAUGACUAAAGACGGCUUCCUGAUGUAUUUGCUGUCCGAUGACGGGAACGUCUUCGAUAAGGCACACCGUCAAGUGUACCAGGACAUGACCCGACCCCUCAGUCACUACUUUGUGUCGUCUUCGCACAACACCUACCUCAUGGAAGAUCAGCUGACGGGGCCCAGCAGCACGGAAGCCUACAUCAGAGCCCUGACUAAAGGUUGCCGCUGCGUCGAACUAGAUUGUUGGGACGGCCCGAAUUCAGAGCCGAUCAUUUACCACGGCUACACCCUCACGUCCAAGAUCCUUUUCUCUGACGUCAUAAAAGCCAUCAAGAAUUACGCUUUCAAGACCUCGCCCUAUCCCAUCAUCCUGUCCCUGGAGAACCACUGCAGCCUCGAGCAGCAGAAGAUGAUGGCCCACCAUAUGCAGACAAUCCUGCAAGACAUGCUGCUCGUGGCCCCCGUGGACUCCAACAAGAGCCUGCCUUCGCCAGAG